UAAGAAAAGGAUUGUCUUAUCAAUGAGGGAUGGUAGGCCAAAACAAUAUAAAAUUUCUCACAUCUGUUAUUACAGGGACCGUUAUAGUAUCUUUAAUACAUAAAUUCAAUAGUCAAACCCUUAGUUACAGACUACACAGACAAACAUUGUAUCACAGUUACAAACAGCUAUUGAUCACACAAAGCCAUAACAAUCAAAACAGAUCACGAGCUAGACUGCUGGUCGUCCCGUGCUAAUUGUUUCUAUCGGAAUGUUAUCACGCAGAGAUAAACUACUGAUCCAACCGUGGGAGGAUCGCAGAUUCAAAGAUCAUCGUUCUAAAGUAAGGUCCGCGUUGCCAGCCAUUGACGACCGCGCACCGGCCGCCCGCCCGCACGUCGCGCUUAAACUGAAGAAGAAUCAACGCGAACUCGAUAGAAAGAACAAGAUACAGAGCGAGAACUUUAGCCUGUUGCAGCGACUCAAUGACAUCAUGAAAGUUAACCGCCUCGAUAACCACUGGGCCAAACCGUUGCCAAAUUUCCAGCAGAAGGUGGGCUUGUUCUACGACGCGGAGUCGUUGAACAGCAAGGUGACGGCGCGGUCGCUGCCCGAGCCCUCGGAGGACAGCUACAGCAACGUCAAGUGCUACGCCUGCGAGCUCAGGAAAGUGAGUAGCCUCGUCACACACGACGCUCUCGCGUACAAUCUCAGCUUCACUCAUACGAAUAUUUGUUUCCAGAAACAAUACGACUACAUCUACAAACAGAUGCAUCGGGCCUCUCUGCCAUCAAUUUAUUCUAAUUAAUAUUGUAACACGUUUUUGAAAUUAAACGAUUAUUAUAUUGGACAGAA